AUGUCGAGAUGGACGGUCGGAGUCACGAGGAGAGACGGAAUAAGAAACGACUACAUCAGAGGCACAGAGGAAGGAGUGGAAACUUCUAAGAAGAUUCAGGAGGCGAGACGAAGAUGGUUCGGCCAUUUGAGGAGAAGAGGGGCUGGGGAAGAUCACGUGGGAAGAGAAGUCAUGGAAAUGGAAGUACAAGGAAACAGAAGAAGUGGAAGAGCUAGAACACGAUGGAAAGAUUGUAUGAAUAAAGAUCUUUGCGAGAAGAAUAAAAAUGUAGCGCUGGUUAACAACAGCAAUAUAUGGAGAAGGUUCAUUCACAACGGCGACCCCGCAUAG